AUGUCGAUCGCGAACGAGUACGACCGAACCAUGUUCGAGCAAUACGCCGCAGAACUGGCUGGCUCGUCUCACGAUCGUGCUAUGCGCCCAGCUAUCGAGCAAAUGGUGCGCCAAUUCUUCCGCGCGUGCGACAACUUGAACAGAGACAUGAUGAUGAGCUUCUUUAACGACAACCCGACCGUCAUCACUGCCCUCGACGGACCUGGCUACAUAUGGGCUGGAGCAGCUGAGGUGAAGAGAUGGAUUGAGAGUUGGGGCAAGGACAUGGAGCGAGUUGUCCCUAAGAUUAUUAUUGUGGACAGAGGCAGCGUUGUUUGCCAUACCGUCACUUUCACCUUUAAUCUCGAGGAUUCUGAGGCUUUUAUUGAGAGCCACGGCGUUGUCAUCAUGGAUCUCGACAAGGACAAUUGCAUUGAGCGCCUUGAGUACCGUGAGACCAACCGCGAGGAUAAGACUCACGAGGGAGGAAGAGAGCUGUUCGAUUCUCUUGUUGAAGAGGCCGAAAACGACGCCAUCUCCGUCGAUUACCUGUCUUGA